UCCCUUCACACCCAAUUCGAAGACCAACAGAACCCACUUCCAUUUCAGCAACUUCUCUUCCUUUAAGCCUCCAAAAUGCUCCCUUUCCGCGGUUUCAGAAGCACCCCAUUUCGAAUUGAGCACUCACAGCAACAAGAAGCCCUUCCCCGCAGAGGUUUCUAGAACCAUCAUGGAGCUUGCCACUGUGGGAACCCUCUCUGCUUUGACCAAUGAGGGUCAUGAGGGUUCUUCUUCCCCUUUGGCCAUUGGCGUCAGGUUCACCGUUGACCCUCAUGAAGGCACCCCUUUCUUCUUCUUGAAUCCCACUUUUCCCUUCUCUCCUCAAACCCCUUCUUCCCUCCAUGUUCAGUUGAACCAGUCUGGGUUGCGCACUCCUCAGUGUACACUUCAAGGCACCCUCACCAAACCACAAGAUACGAGUGCAACCAAGCGCCUUGUUUCAUUGUGGGGGAAGAGGUUCGGAGAAGAAGUGGAUCAAGAUCUUAUGUACAUUGUUGCUGUAGAUAGGGUUCUUCAGUUGGAAGACUUUCAAGAGGAUGGGGAAUGGAUCAGCUCUUUAGAUUACAAAAACGCUCAACCUGAUCCUCUACGACAGUUUGCAGAAAAGUUAGUCAGUGAGAUUAACACCAACAAUAUGGAAGACAUCAUUCGCUUUUGCAAUGUGUAUGUUGAUUUGGAUUUCCAGGUCUUAGAAGCAAAGAUGAUAUGGGUUGAUCGCUUGGGGUUUGACAUGCGCUUGUUAUCGACUCAAAAAGGCAUAUUCGAGGUCCGCAUUCCUUUCCCUGGAGAAGUCACGGACGAAAAGGGUGCCAAGUCAACAUUUAAUUGUAUGUCACAACUAGCUUGGGAGGUUGAAAGAAAUUUCCAGCCUCUAGACUUUGAGAAGGUUAAACAAUUGAAGCACAUAAAGUCUUGAGUUGUAGUUGCCUAGUUGGUGUAACCACUUACUGGUUUGUCAACAAAUACGAAUCAUCGGUGAAGCUAUGUAAUUCUUUUUAUUUAAUUCAUGAUUUGUGAGGAUUCUUGUUGGGAUCUUAAUGGAUUGAUUCUAAGUUUGACGUAGUUUUGAGUUUAAUGAAGCCUAUUGGAGCA